AUGGCGAGCGCUACGACGGAGCAGCGGGCCAGCCUCAUCGUCGACGGCGAGGAGGAUGAGCAGCAACAGCAGCAGCAGCAGCUUGACGACCUUGUUGGCUGCGCCGCCGUGGUGGCGAGGGAGGUGAGCAAGCGGGUGUCUCGCCUGGCCGUCGAGGGAGGAGGAGGCGACGCCAACGGCAAGGCCGCCGCACGCCGCCAGGGCGUCUUGGACAUCGGCAGCGGUGGCGUCGCCAGGCCAGCAGGGAACGGGCAUCACCACGAGGCCGACGCGGGGGCGGGGGAGCCGCGGUUCCGGCGCUCGUUCACGGCUAGCGCGCAGACGCUGCCGCCGCCGCACGCGUGGCUGGCGAUCGAGGACACGAGGAAGCAGCAGGAGCAGAAGCAGCAGCAGGAGCACGACGACAGCGACGAACAGUGGACGUGGCUCUUCCGUGGCGGCGGGGCGCAGCAUCAGCAUCAUCAGCAGCAGCAGAUGCAGAGGCGGAGCAGCUUCAGCGUGGUGCGGCGGGAGCGCGCGGCGCGGGAGGCGUGGCUGGACCGCGCGUGGGAGAUGAAGCGGAGCUGGCACCAGCGGAACGGCGGCGCCCCCGACGCGGACACCCCCGUGGUGGUGGUGGUGGGGACGUCGCCCAGGGUGUCUUCGUCGUCGUCCCAUUACUCUGGCCAGCAGCAUCAGGGCAUGGCGUCGGGCGGCGGGGUGGCCAUGGACGUGGAGGAGGUCCGCGCGUGCCGGGACCUCGGGCUGGACCUGCCUUCCGACUGCACCGUGGAGAUCCAGUGCUACGGGCUGUCCGGCGGCAGCAGCCCCACCCACUGCACCACCCCCGGCAGCGGCGCCGACUCACCCUGCGCCCUCUCCAGUCCUCCUGGAGGAGGAGCGGAUCCGAUGGACGUGAAGGCUCGGCUCAAGGUGUGGGCGCAGGCGGUGGCGCUCGCAUCCGCCACCCAUCUCACCUCAUGA